AUGACCCCAUCAACUCCUUUCGAGAAAGCAAACCAUCUCAUUAACUGCCUCCAAAAGCACGGCCAAGGCGACUACAUCGGCCAAAUCAUCCCCCUCGACUCAACACGUGAGAUCCACCUCCGCAUGAACCUGAAAAACAACCAGUCCGUCGGCCCCAUCGGCCACGAGACACCAGGCGCGGAGUACCCUCCGCGGCCUGGGCUUCAAUUUCUCACGGCUGUGGAUAGCGCGUACUACGAUUCGCUGUCUGCUGCGUCGAAAAAGUCGCUUGAGUUCCAGGGUGGUCCGUUUAGCGGGGCGGAGCUGGCGACGUUUGAGGCGGAUCCGCUGCGCGAGGAGAUGGUCCUGUUGAGGCUUUGGGAUGAUAGUGAUAGAGCCAAGGUUCUGGGGAUUGAGGGUCUGACGCCGCGCGCGGGGGAGUAUCUGGAUGAUCGCCGGGCAUUUGGAGAGGGAGGCUGGAGGUGGAGCUGCAGAUGGACAUGGAGAUGGAUGAUUUGUCUAGCGAAACCAAACAGAUGGAGACGCCGGAGCAGGGUCGUUGAUUAG